CUGGCCGGAGUCCUGACAGCAAAGCCAUUGUAACGCUUUAUGCCUUCAUAAAUCCAUAUUAUCGAAUCGUACCGUUCAGGAUGAUCCGGAGAGAUCUCUGCCUGUCUGUGCUCCUGGCCAUGGCAAUCCUCCACCCCGCCGCCUGCAAUAAAGGUAACAAGCACAAGCCAUGGAUGGAAGCCCAGUACCAGGGGAUUAUAAUGGAGAAUGACAACACCGUGCUGCUUAACCCACCACUGUUUGCUUUGGACAAGGAUGCACCACUGAGAUACGCAGGUGAAAUCUGCGGAUUCCGGAUUCAUGGAGCCGGGACUCCCUUUGAAGCCGUGGUUUUGGAUCGAACAACAGGGGAGGGUCUGAUCCGUGCCAAGGGCCCCGUAGAUUGUGAGGCACAACGAGAGCACACCUUCACCAUCCAGGCUCAUGACUGCGGAGAAGGUCCUGAUGGGGCGAACAGCAAGAAGUCCCACAAAGCAACGGUCCAUGUCCGUGUGAAUGACGUCAAUGAGUUUGCCCCUGUCUUUGGAGAGCGGGUGUUCAGGGCAUCCGUCACUGAGGGACGUAUGUACGAACGGGUCCUACGUGUGCAGGCCUGGGACCAAGACUGCUCUCCUCAGUACAGCCAGGUCUGCUUCUACCAGAUUCUCACCCCCAAUGUGCCCUUCACCAUUGACAAUGACGGUUAUAUAAAGAACACUCAGCCUCUCCAAGCCAAUGGUGACCGGCUGAUCAGAUUCACAGUGACUGCAUAUGAUUGUGGCAAGAAACGCGCCGUAGAAGAUGCAGAGGUGGAGAUCCAGGUGAAACCCAUCUGCAAGCCGAGCUGGAAAGGCUGGAACAAACGCAUUGAGUACGUGCCUGGCACAGGAAGCCUGGCGUUAUUUCCCAACAUCCACCUGGAGACCUGCGAGGAGCCAAUAUGGAACAUUCAGGCCACUGUGGAGAUCCAAACCAGUCACAUUGCCAAGGGCUGCGAUCGGGACAAUUACUCGGAGAAGUCCUUACGAAAGCUGUGCGGAGCUGCCGCAGGAGAUGUUGACUUACUUCCUCCCCCCAGCCCUUUGUAUAACUGGACAAACAGCCUCCCCAUACAGGAUACACAGGACAGCAGCCCAGUCUACUGGUUCAAUGGUUCCCAGUCAGUGGAAGUUCCUGCAGGGCGGUUACCUGCAGGGGGCGGAGCAGCUGAUCAUUUGACGCUUUCCUUUUGGCUGAAACACGCAGGGGGAGGUGGAGGGAAGGCAGGAAAGGAAGAGGAAGUGUUGUUGUGUAACACCGUACAAAAUGAUGGCAGCUUCUCACAUUAUACUCUGGCCGUGCACGGUUGCCGGAUCUCCUUUCUCUACUGGUCCUUACUGGACAGCGCUCGUCCUGUAAAAUUCCUCUGGAAAUUAGAACAGGUUUGUGAUGUAGAGUGGCAUCAUUAUGCUCUGAGCCUCGAAUUCCCAACCGUCUCCCUCUAUGUGGAUGGUGUGACCUACGAUCCGGCACUUAUCCACGAUAAUGGAGCCCUCACUCCUCCCAAGCGUCAGGCCAGGCUCAUGAUUGGAGGCUGCUGGACAGAUGAGAAGUUUUCGGUGAGAGUGAAUGACAAUGAAGUGUCCAGAGCCCCAGGUACGUCUUUUGGCCGAUUCCUGCGUGGUUACAUUUCCGGCCUGUCUCUGCGAUUGGGUCCAGUGGAUUCUCGGGAAGCGAUAGAAUGUCUCUACUCCUGUAAGGAGGGUCUGCAGUACACCGACUUCGACAAUCUGGGGAAAGGAAUGAAGGUUCACGUGAACCCCGCUCAGUCACAGCUUUCCUUGGAAGGGGAUGAUGCAGCCUCCUUCAGCCGGGCUCUGCAGCACGUUGAAUACCUCAACUCUCUACAGUUCCCAACACCAGGCGUUCGACCCCUUAAAUUGCAGACCACAGUCAGGUGUGUCAGUGACGAAGGAUGUCUCUCAGUACCAGACCUGGAUGGCUACCUUGUGGUUCUGCAGCCGGACGCCCCGCAGGUCCAACUCACGGGCUCUCCUCGAUCUGCACACCCCAUGUCCGACCUCCUGGGGCCACUCGGUAUCACGAUAUUCCCAGAUUUGAGGAUUACUUGCUCUGUAACUCAUACAUUAAUCCCAAACAAGCUAGAAAGAGCCCCGAGAGCAGAUAUACAGUCUCCGGAUGGAAUAGAGUGCUCUCUCGAGAGGUGCGAGAUUGGCAUAGUGGGAGAGGACCUGAACCAAGAGUAUGAGGGCUUAUCUCUGGAUGUCUCCUCCGCGUGGCAACGUGGCCUUGAGACCGAGAACAACUCCCGGAGCCUUCGUAUCACAGGUGUGCAAAACGUGGCCGUCUAUGAGGACAUUCUGCGCAGUGUGAGCUACCGCACUGCGGCCCGGGCAGAGUUGUACGCACGCAAAUUUCAUGUCUCCUGCAGCGAGAUGAACGGGAGAUACAUAAGUAACCAGCUGUAUACCGAGGUCGAUAUACUACACGGAGUCCACGCUGUCUCUCCCAGUCAUAUCCAAUCAGCACAGCAGCAGUUUGUCCACAAUGUACACCAGCCCCCCGCGGAGUUAUCCGGUCACACGCUGGUCAGUCCCAACCGCAGCUCAGUUUUUCCUGGUGUUGCCAUGGUGAUCAUUGUCGUCUGUAUCGGCUUCUUGGCGCUGAUCGUUACUCUGGGGCUGUCGAGGAUACACAACGUGAGGCAGAGAGGAGGAUUCGACGGGGAGGAGCUUGAAACAACCAACCAGCGGGAUCCAUUCUGGGAGGACUCAGCAAUGACCAUAACUGUGAACCCCAUGGAGUCCGUGCAGUCUCGCGGUGUGCCCCCCAAACAGAAAGCAGCCGUCCCGGAGAAGCAGGACCUGGAAGACGAGUCAUGCUGAAGGCCGACUCUUUUAGCCGUGCAUAUGUGUGCUUCUCGCUUAUGUGUCAUUCCCACCAUCACCUGGUGUGUCUGCCACAUCUUGACACAACUGUGCGGUGUGCGCCACUUAACCCACGCACUCUUCUAGGGGCGUGCACGAUGUUUUGACUCUCUGAGUGAAGAGUGCCACAUAUAGACACUCAGACUGGGGCGUAUCCCGUUUUAUUCUUCGAUUUGGAGCGCGUGCUUUCUUCAGAGUGUCUCCAUCUUGGACACAUUCGCUGGAUUGCGCGUCACUUUGCCCAUCAUCUCUCUCGUUCCGGACGCCCCUUCCCACCCUCCCUCACGUCAUCAUUUCUCAGGGGAAAAUUUGCCGCCUCCUCUCCUUCAUGCUGUGUUUGUAACGGUCUAAUGUGAUGUUUCGACAUUAGGUUCUUGAGGGGCUGCGGAUUCACUCCCUACUUAGAUUAUCAUUCCAAACUUUGACGCCAAAGGGGGGGUCAGCUUCACACCAACAUCUGGGACUAGUGCCUUAUUUAUCAGCCCCUGAAUGAAGAACUGUCUGCAUAGUUCUUAGUGACCAGUCAGACUAUCCCUUUCAUUCUCUGGCACGAGUGCGCAAGAGAAUUGGGUUGUUGUAGACGACAACCAGUUCCUU